UAUAUUUAAAGUAACCUCAAGUUAAGUCAUAUCCAAGCCGAUAGGGGUGUCGACACCCCACCGAUUUCUGGAGAACUUAGUCCAGCUUUGCGACUGCAACGGUGGAGAUCUCCAUCAGAAUGGCACGGCGAUCGCGGAUCUGGUUGCUCAGGUGUUUUUUGCCACUGCUGCUGUUGGUGGGCGUGGCACCGCCCAAGGUCACAGCCAUCCGCUCCUCGCAGUCGCUGGCCCUGCUGCGGGCCCGCGAUCAGUGCUCCCGUGCCCUCACUCCCGCCCAGCGCCUCCAGCUGGACAAGAUGCAGUACGAGGACGCGCCGCACGUGCGCCUCUACCUGCACUGCUUCUGGGCGCGGCUGCAGCUCUGGCAGGACGCCUCCGGGUUCCAGGCAGAGCGCAUCAUCCAGAGUUUCGGCGGCGAGCGACGCCUCAAUGUGGAGCAGGCGCUGCCCGCCAUCAACGGGUGCAAUGCGAAGACGAGGUCCAGGGAAUCGGGUUCGGGAUCGGGUUCCGUAUCGGAAUCCCAGGCAGUGGUCGACUGGUGCUUCCGGGCAUUCACCUGUGUGAUGGCCACGCCAGUGGGCGACUGGUACAAGCGCCACAUGUCCGAUGUCAUCAAUGGAAAUGCCUAAAAAAAUUCCUUGUUUUAAGAAAUAACAUAUUAAACAUGUCCUUAAAGUUACCUUAAAAAUUACCUUAAACUUACGGCUGCAUCCACUAUUCCGGAAAUAAAGGAAAUUUUCCCUGUAAUAAGCCCUGAAAACCAAAUUCCUAUACCUAAGAAAUAAAAUUCUAAGCUAC